AUGUCCAACUACGAGUACACUUCAUAUUCGUCAGCAUCGGGCUCAGGCGGUGCUGCUGGAGGUUUUGAUGUAGCGAAAGCAAUAUUCAAUCAAGCUGAUGCCAAUCAAGAUGGUACCAUUGAUCGAAGCGAAUUUCAGCAAUGGGCAGGCGCAGCAAGUAAUGCUGGUGGCAGUACUGUCGGCGCUUCACAAUUCGACUUGAAUGCUGCAGGUAGCAAUGCCAAUUUUGAAUCAUCCUCAUUCGAAUCAUCAGGCUAUGGUGCCGCUGGUGCCAGUUCGUCGUCAUUUGAAGCAUCGAGCUUUGCUAAUGGUGCUACACAUGAUGCUGGCGCUACUAAUGGAAGUAACUUUCAUGCAUCGUCAUCAACAUUUGAAUCGUCAGCAACUAAUGGCGGUGGUGCUGCUGGAUAUGAUACUACGGCAGUAAAUCAAGCUGCUAACUAUACAGCUGAAACCAAUGCUGCUUGGUCGAAAUAUGGUGCCGAAGUACGUGGUGCUGGUCUCUAUGUUGAUGCCAAUCCACAAAUUAUUCGUCGGCCUGCAUCAGGUGGUGUUCAAACCUAUACACAAAACAUCAAAGUACGAUUUCUUCAACCACCACCAAUUCCACCACCAGGCCCACUCAUCAUCAAAGAGGUGCGCCCACCUCAACCACCACCACUUCCACCUCUUCGUAUCAAACAACAAGCGCCACCUCUUCCACAACCACCUCCACUUAUCCUUCGUGAAAGACCACCACAGCCACCAGCUUCACAAGGUGCACAAACAGUUGUUCGUAAACUUCCAGCUCUUCCAGUCCCACCACGAUCAGUUAUCAUCGAACGUAUUCCAGCUGCUCCACCUCGUCCACGUGAUAUCAUUAUCGAACGUUGGAUUCCUUAUGGAGCUUCUGCUAAACGAAAAACUAUUGUUCAACGUGCUGAAGCCGCUAAAGACUAUCCUAAACCACGCAAUAUCAUCAUUCAAUAUGAACCAGUUCAAGUUCGUGUUGUUCGACAAUUCCAACGCUUAGGUGUCACUCAAGAAAGCCCACAAGCCUACGUUGAAAAAUACGGUACACAAUUACUUGAUGCACAAACUCUUGUUCAACAAGCUCGUGCUGCCGGUGUUGUUGAAGAUAUUUCACCACCGGGUGUUCCAGCUGUAGCUGGUAGCCGAUCAGGAUCAGUGACACAAGAAAACGCAUAUGGUGCUACUGGAUCUGGUAGUCGAUCAGGAUCAAUUGCUCAUGAAUCAGCAUUUGGUGUCACAGGUGCCACCAGUGCUAUAAGAUCAGGAUCAAUUAGUCAUGAAUCCAACUACGGUCUCGGUGGUGAUGUUGCAGGAUCAGAUUUAACUGGUGUCACUGGUGGAGACAUAGGUGGUGCUACAGCACAAUUCUCCUCCAGCACAUUUGAAGGUUCACAGAUUGGUGCAACUGGUGCUUAUAACGGUUCCGGUUUCGAAAGUGGCUUAGCUGAAGGAUCUGGUGCUAACGGUGCCUAUGCUACAUCAGGCUUCGAAUCAUCAGCUUCAUAUUCAGGCGCCGCUGGUGUUACUGGCUUCGAAACAGGUCUCACUGGUGCUGAUGCUGGUUUCGGCUCAUCAUCAUACGAAUCAGCAAGCUUCGUAUCAGGCGGUGGUGCUGGUGUUCCAGGCUUUGACGUUGCUACUGCCACAUUCAAUAAUGCUGAUAAAAACAAAGACGGUAGUGUUGAUGCCGAUGAGUUCAAACAAUUCUACCAAGGUGGAUUAUAA